CCAAAACUUUGUUCACCGCCCCCGACUACCCCUUCUCCAUCCUCUUCACUUCCCUCAUCACCCUUACUCUACUCCCCCCCACCACUAAACAACAAUGUCCUUCAAGCCUGGUGACGCCGCAAAGGGUGCUUCCCUCUUCAAGACUCGUUGUGCUCAGUGCCAUACUACCGAGAACGGCGGUGGGAACAAGGUCGGCCCCAACCUCUUCGGCAUCUUCGGUCGCAAGACCGGGCAGGUUGAGGGCUUCUCCUACACCAAGGCCAACGUCGAGAAGGGUGUUACCUGGGAUGAGAACACUCUGUUCGAAUACCUCGAGAAUCCGAAAAAGUAUAUCCCGGGCACGAAGAUGGCCUUUGCCGGUCUGAAGAAGGACAAGGACCGCAACGACCUCAUCACCUGGCUUAAGGAUGCCACAAAAUAGACGUGUCAGGCCCUCCCCUCUGGCCUGUUUCCCCACGUUGGCCCUCUUGUCGGAGUGUUCACCGGGAUUUUCAGUCUGUCUACUUGGUUUUGACCGGACGGACAGACCGUGCCGUAAUUAUAUGUAGAUACAACCUACAACCUUACAUUUUCUUCACCACUCAAUCCAUAUCUCGCAAGCCUACAUGAAUUCGUCUCGAAAGUCGCAAGCCCUCAUUCCCACUGUCGAUACAUAAUGCCGAAAACCGUCAGGCGAACAUGAAAUAAUUUACAUUGC